AUGAGCGAUAGUCAAAAGGAUGAAGAAUCAAUUGGAAGUGAAGAACAACAAGAUAAUAAGAAAGACAAAAAGAAAGACAAGAAAAAGGAAAGACGUGAGAAAAAGAAGCAAAAAAAGGAAAAUAAAACGAUAGAAAAAAUUCAGAAAGAGAUUUCAAGGAGAAGUUCGUCACAACUGCAACCAGGAAGAAGACAUUCCUCAGUUGAUCAGAAUCUUCGUUAUACAAUUUAUUUUCGACCUUCUGGCCCUCAACAAAGUAACUCGAUUAAAGAUCUACUCCCAAUUAUACAAAAAGAGAAGAAAUCUCAUCAAAAUCACCAUAAGAAAAAGAAAAAUGUGACAGUUUCUCAUGAAAGUUCUAUCCCGUUAAGAGAUCGAGAUCAUCUUGAUGCAGUUGACUUUUUAAACCGAAUAAGUACCUUAAAAGCACGUGAAAGUCUUCUCAACCUUCACCAUCCUCUGAAAAAAGAUUCAUGGUUUAAUUUUCAUUCUCGUUUGGGUAGUAAAACUAACAAAUUUAAUUAUCACAAACGUCGAUGUGGAAGUUGCUUAGAAGUCAAUGAAGAAUGUUCUUGUGAUGAUCCCACGACAUGUGUUGAAAGUCAACACCAAUCUGACUGGGCAACUCUUGUAAUGCCACGACGUGAAUCACCAAUACGUAAAGAACAAAGUCUCGAGUGGCUCGAAGAAUUAGAGAGAAAAUCUAAAAUCAACUGUCGCACUCUUGUCGAGGAGAAGUUUUCCAAGAAACGUGAAAUUUGUUGCUUUCCUUUUAACACUUUUAAUAUUUUCUCGAAAAACGAUAUAGAAGUUGUGGAUUUCUAUGUGAAACAUUGA